AUGACAUAGGAACAAUGUGAUUCUGUAUUCAAGUUUAUUAUCAUUGGCAAUAGGAAUUGUGGAAAAUCAAGCCUUCUAUAUCACUAUAUUCAUGGAGUAUGUAAUUUAUGAGACCAAAUUAGAAAUUUUUAAUAUAAAAUAGACACUGAGUACUUGAGUUUUCAGCUAAAAUAGUUUAAUUGAAUAAAAAAAUUAAGAUGUAAUCAUGUGAUACAGCAGGUUAAGAGAGAUAUAGAUUUAAAUAAAGGUUAUUAUUGAGGAGCAUUAGGAGCCUUAAUAGUUUUUGACAUUACUAAGUUAUAUAAUAACAGUAAUUUAGCUCAGAAUCUUUUGAAGCUUUGUAAGAAUGGAUAAAGCAUGUAAGAGACUUCUCAAACCUUCCAUUCAGAUUAUUGUUUUUGGAAAGAAAGCAGAUUUAGAUAAGGGGAGGUAAUUGCAAUUUUAAAUAAAGAACAAUAUCAGAGUAAACUGCAAAAUUAUUUUGUUAAGAAAAUGAUGUAUAAUACAUUAAGACUAGUGCAGCUACUGAGUAUUAGGUUAAUGAUGCUUUUAAAUAAAUAAAAACUAGAUUUCUGAAUUUACUCUAAAAAGGAUCAAUUGAUGGUAAUAUUAUAAAACCUAAAUUUUUAACCUCUAAAAAGAGUGAUUUAACAUAGUAAUGUAAUUGCUGA